AAAAUACGCCUUGCCAGCUCCGAGACCUCGCCUAGCAACGGUCCGGCCGCUUCCGUUCCAUCCGAGGCUAGCGAUGGACGGCGAACAUUUGACAUGUCCCAGCCGUGUCCUCGCCUCCUUGGGACGAGCCCACAGCCCAGCGACGUGCGCGCGUGCGUCACGGUAGGCCGGAGAAGGGGGAGAACCAUAAGGUAGAAGAUGAGUGAGCUAGCGAGAUGCUCGGCCGCGCGGCUGCUGCUGCUGCUUCCCGUAGUCUUCCUAGUCCUAGCUCUGCUCGGCGGCGCCCGCCACGCAGGGGGCGCCUCGGUCUGCGACACGGCCAACUGCGGCAAGGGAAACUGCAGCGAGACGCCGGCUCCGGCCCUUCUUCCUCCCGGCUACGAGUGCAACUGCGACCCUGGCUGGUCCCAUGUUUUGGAGCUCAUUCCCUUCUCACCCUGCAUCGUCCCCAACUGUUCCUUCGACAGCGCCUGCUUGAAGUUAAACCUCAGCCAGACGCCAGCGCCACCCACGGAUGUCUGCGCCGUCGUGAGCUGCGGAGCUGGCGGCGCGUGCAAGGCGGGCGCCGCCCCGUUCAGCUACAGCUGCGAGUGCCGGCCGGGCUACGCCAACCUGCUCAACCUCACCGCGCUCCCCUGCGUCAACUGUUUCCUCGGCAGCGAGUGCUACGACCUGGGACUCGGCCCCCCGCCGCCCGCGCCGGCGCCGCUUCCGGCUCCAGCUCCAUCCGGUGACCAUGGCCCGGCGGGGCCAUCACCUCCUCCCUCCGGCACAAAAGGCUCUGUUUCGACGCCGAGUCCUGUGCAGCUGCUACUGCUACUGCUGGUCUCCGUUGCUACGGUUCAGGUCGUGUGA